AUGGCUUUCUCCAGAUUUCUGAUAAAAACAGUACUUGCGUUAUGUAUCGCAUGUACAGCCACUGGUACAAGUACCGUCCUAGAUCAGUCCCAGACUCCACAAGCAGAGUUCGAUCUUUCUGUAUCUAUAACAACAUCUUUUCCAUCUUCUGAGUUGUUUGGUGUACAAAUAUUCAACGGGCUGAAAACUGUCGCGCUACUUGAUCUCAUGAACAACGAAGCAGACAAGAUUACUUUAAAAAUGGUCAAGGGUUCACUAAGUAACAUUCAAAGAGAUCCCAAGGUUUCAAAAGCAGGGACUGAUAUAUCUCGAAAUCUGACUUCUGCUCGUUAUGAUGUAGCCAUUCCAGCUGGCCAAAAUCAAAGCAUUCCAUUCACCUUUACAACAGACCUUCUACCGCAAGAUUUUAAUCUGAGCCUAAUAGCCAUAGUCAUAAAUGAUGAAGGGAAGGAAUACCAGGUUCCAGCAUAUAAUGGGACAGUCUCUGUUGUUGAUCCAGCAACCAGCAUACUUGAUCCCAAAGUCAUGUUUCUCAACUUGUUCUUCACAAUCUUCUCCGGGCUCAUAUUGUAUUGGGUCUAUAAACAUUGGAUUGAACAUCUGAUUCCAGUAACGAAGCGAGGAGGUAAAGGAAUGGAUAGAUUUAAGCGCUCUACUCAGGCACCUAAAGCUGAAGCAAUCUCAGAAAAGCUUCUUUCGACUAUUUCAAAUGCAAAGUCUGUUGAUUUACCGAAUACCUCCGCUUGGAAAUCAUAUGAUGAGAGCUGGAUUCCGGACCACCAUAUUAAAAAGCCAACACCCAAACGUAGCAAGAACGGGUUAUCUAAGAAGUAG